AUGGAAAUGAGCAGCACCGAGCUUCGCACUCAAGAUGUGGUGAGAGUCCUGACGAAUGAGCAUGCCAAGCGUCAAGGAGAAAAAGGGACAACGACAGCGACUACGGUGAAGGCUGAAGAUGCAAGCAAGGCAUUCAGCGCCGAGCGUGAGCCCUACCAAUGCACGUAUUGUGGCAAGGUGGGACACACGGUGGAUCGUUGCUGGACAAAGCAGAAGAACGAAGGUCGGGGAGCCCGACGCGGCGGCAAUGGUCGUGGACGCGAGGCUAACAAUGUCCAGUGGGGACAUCAUGAUGUUGACGGUCAUCGGUUUUCUACCAGUAUUGGUAACCGUGACCGAUCCAAUCCGAACCGCCUGUUCAGCUUAGUAUUUUACGACGUAGUUCUUACGGUAAUUACCAUAGUUGAUUAG